GUUCACGCCUCAUCGCGUCAGUCGCUCCGUUAACUUCUUCCCUUGUUAAGCUGUAGACUUCUCAUUUUAAAGCAGUCUGAGUGUGUGUUUCCACGGCCUGAGCGCUGGCUGACAUCAGUGAGUCAUCCUCAUGGCUCCUAAGCUUCUGUUCUUACUGCUUCUGUGGCCUCUGACUCUAUUUAAUGCAGUUGCAUCUUUGUGCAAAGUCACCUGCUCCACCGACUACAUUAAGACACUAAACUGCUCCUGCUCAGGCUCUGUGCCAACACUUCCUGUCCUACUUGAUGUCAUCUGCAGAGAUGAAGACGAACACUUCAGAGGCAGCUGUACAGUCACGCCACCUCAGAGCUGGUGCACAAUUGUCAAUGAGGACCUGAACGAAGUCACCACUAUUGGGACGAACUGCACAACAACAGUCGGCCAUCUUGGCAGUGAUGCGUCUGUGGAUGGCCCUGAGUCAACUGUUUGGGUUCUGUCUGAUAUGGUGAAACCAGAAGCUCCCGUUAAUGUGAAAGUGACAAAUGAUGGUGAAUUCUACAACAUCACCUGGAGUAAAAACAACCUGUUUCAUGAACUUGUGUACAAAGUCCGCAUAAGAACAGCGGCACACACUGAAAAGGUUCAAAGGGAUUUGUUUCCAGUGGAUGAAGAGUACCUUCUGAUAGAUCUCAGAAAGCUGCAGCCUGAUGUGGUUUACACGGUGGACGUUCAGGCCCAGAUGAGCCCCGGGUUUUACCUUAAAGGCCCGUGGAGUGAGUGGAGUGCUGGUGUAGAAUGGAGGAGCGUGAGAGUUUCUGCAAAUGAAACAAGAGAAACAAGUAUUAGAAUAAAUGUCACCUGGUUGUACGUUUCCAUGCCCAUCCUCCUCGUCCUCGCCCUCUUGUUGGUUGGAUAUCUACAGAAACCGUGUUGGCAGAAGAAACUCCGGAUGAUUACAUACAUCCCCAGGCCAAAUGAGUACUUCAAGCCCCUGUACCACAACCAUGAAGGAAACUUUAAGGAGUGGGUGAAGCCUGUGUUUACUGAGUUUGAUUGCCUCAUGAUCAACACCAGCAUGUUGAUGGGUGAGAAGCCAGACAGCCUGCUUCACUGGAACAUUGAGAAGCAAAGCUACGACGUGGACGAGAUGAAAGAAGGUGGUGCCUUCCUCCACGUGCUGCAGGCUUCAGGCAACCUGCUCCAGGACAGCAGCGGCUCCCAGAGCACCGGAAACUCCACCGGACGCAUCUCCAUACAAACCGUGACCCUGUCCGGAGGAGAGCUCGCAUCCCAGAGCUCGCUUGAAAGUUACCAAGAUGGAGAAAGCUUUGGGUCUUUUGCAGAAGCUGACAGAGAACAUGCAGGGUAUGAUUUAGAGGACUUGUCUGUGUCUAGGAGGAACAGACAGAGUGGGUUUUCACUACAGCGGGAAAACCAAAUAGCCAAUGAUUUAUUAAUGGAAAACAUAAACUAUGAAGAAGAAGUCCAGUUUAACGAAGCAGAGAGGGCGUCGCUGGACUCGUUUGAAUCAAACGAACAGUCGGAGGAUGGCUACCCUCGUGUGGACUUGGACACCAUUGACAGUGGUUAUGGAGAGUGCAGCAGCCCUGGAGCCUUGGACUCAAACCAGGCUCAGCAGAUGGACUCGUUUCAGCAGCACAAAAACUCGAGCUACGUCAAGCAGUGGAUGAUAUGCAGCACAAUUCAGGAAGACCCCAGCAAUGUGAGCGAUGAGCCACAGGAGCCAUAGCUUCUGGGUCGCAACCCUAGAAGACAUUCUAACUGUAAAAAAAACUUCAAGUGUUUGUUUUGUUUCUCGCAGCACUAUACACACAUUAAUUUGUGUAUUAAAAUGUUAUUAUUGUAACUUUUGCCUUUAAGCAUUGAACCUGCAAAUUAAGAGAGCACAUUUUAGUCCCUCAUCAAAAUGAGUUUAAUGUAAAAACUACUAAACAAAAUUGAGGGAAAGAAAAACUAAACUAUUAUUAUAUAUUCCAUUGCCUCUAUAUUAAUAAUAUGUACAUAAUGUUAUUAUUUUACAUUAAAUUAUGAGCCUUUUUAGAUCAAAUAAUGCAAAAACAAAACAUUUUUGUUGCUCUGCCUGGUGUAGAAGUUAAAAGGACAGGAGCAAAUUUUAAUAAAAUGUCCAUGUCUCAUCUAUCUGUUGUCAUGAACUAUUGCUAUGAAAUUUUAUUUCAUUUUUAUUUUAUUGCUGAUAUGUGAAAUAAAAUAUAGUAAAGCACUCAGAAAGGUGUGGCUAACAGCUUUGAUGUUUAAGCUGUGGGAGACACAAGUUAGACUCAAAUGUCCGUCUGUUUUCUGCUUGUGUCUGGUUUUAGGAGUU